UGUUGUGGGCAGUCGUUUCCUGCCGCUGCUUGGUAACAAUGGGGAAGAUAAUGGCUGCCUGAGCAACGUCUCCGAGCAGGCGCUGGGCUAGAGGCGGGUCUCAACCAGCGACUCAUCGGAGGCGGGCUUGAGAGCAGGGGCAGGGCGCGCAGGAACCUAGGCGGCGGCGGCGGUGGCGGCAGCGGCCUAACCGACAGAGUCGGACCCGACACUAAAACCGAAGCAGAGAGUGAAGAAAACUAAAAUCCAGUUUAUUGUAUUACAAUACUAUGUCAUAACAGUCAGAUAAUUUUCCACUUGUUCAUCAAGAUGGAAAGCUCAGAUUCUAACGAUAAAGGAAGUGGUGAUCAGUCUGCAGCACAGCGCAGAAGUCAGAUGGACCGAUUGGAUCGGGAAGAAGCUUUCUAUCAAUUUGUAAAUAACCUGAGUGAAGAAGAUUAUAGACUUAUGAGGGAUAACAAUUUGCUAGGCACCCCAGGUGAAAGUACUGAGGAAGAGUUGCUGAGAAGACUACAGCAAAUUAAAGAGGGUCCACCACCACAAAACUCAGAUGAAAAUAGAGGUGGAGACUCUUCAGAUGAUGUGUCUAAUGGUGACUCUAUAAUAGACUGGCUUAACUCUGUCAGACAAACUGGAAAUACAACAAGAAGUGGGCAAAGAGGAAACCAGUCUUGGAGAGCAGUGAGCCGGACUAAUCCAAACAGUGGUGAUUUCAGAUUCAGUUUAGAGAUCAAUGUUAACCGUAAUAAUGGGAGCCAAAAUCCAGAGAAUGAAAAUGAGCCAUCUGCAAGACGUUCUGGUGGAGAAAAUACAGACAACAACAGCCAAAGGCAAGUGGAAAAUCCACGAUCUGAAUCAACAUCAGCAAGGCCUUCCAGAUCAGAACGAAAUUCAACUGAAGCGUUAACGGGAGAAAUCGCACCUACCAGAGGUCAGAGAAGGGCAAGAAGCAGGAGCCCAGACCAUCGGAGAACCCGAGCUAGAGCUGAACGAAGUAGGUCACCUCUGCAUCCUAUGACUGAAAUUCCACGAAGAUAUCAUCAUACUAUCUCAUCUCAGACUUUUGAGCAUCCUUUGGUAAAUGAGACUGAGGGAAGUUCUAGAACCCGACAACAUGUGACCUUGAGACAGCAAAUAAGUGGAGCUGACUUGCUAAGUAGAGGUCUUUUUGCAGCUUCAGGCAGAAACGCCUCACAAGGAGCAGGUUCUUCAGACACAACCAGCAAUGGUGAAUCUGCAGGACCAGGACAGAGACCUCCAACCAUAGUCCUUGAUCUUCAAGUAAGAAGAGUUCGUCCUGGAGAGUAUCGGCAGAGAGAUAGCAUAGCUAGCAGAACUCGGUCAAGGUCUCAGACGCCAAACAACACCGUCACUUAUGAAAGUGAACGAGGAGGUUUUAGGCGUACAUUUUCACGUUCCGAACGAGCAGGUGUGAGAACCUAUGUCAGUACCAUCAGAAUUCCGAUUCGUAGAAUUUUAAAUACUGGUUUAAGUGAGACUACAUCUGUUGCAAUUCAGACCAUGUUAAGGCAGAUAAUGACAGGUUUUGGUGAGUUAAGCUACUUUAUGUAUAGUGAUAGUGAUUCAGAGCCUAGUGGCUCAGUCUCGAGUCGAAAUGUGGAAAGGGUAGAGUCACGGAAUGGAAGAGGGGUUUCUGGUGGUAGUAGCAGUUCUGGUUCCAGUUCCAGUUCCAGUUCCAGUUCCAGUUCCAGUUCCAGUUCCAGUCCGAGUUCCAGUUCUAGUGGUGAAAGUUCAGAGUCUAGCUCGGAGGUAUUUGAAGGCAGUAAUGAAGGAAGCUCAUCAUCAGGCUCAUCAGGUACCAGGCGAGAGGGUCGACACAGAGCCCCAGUAACAUUUGAUGAAAGUGGCUCUUUGCCCUUCCUUAGUCUGGCUCAGUUUUUCCUCUUAAAUGAGGAUGAUGAUGACCAACCUAGAGGACUCACCAAAGAACAGAUUGACAACUUGGCAAUGAGAAGUUUUGGUGAAAACGAUGCAUUAAAAACCUGUAGUGUUUGCAUUACAGAAUAUACAGAAGGCAACAAACUUCGUAAACUACCUUGUUCCCAUGAGUACCAUGUCCACUGCAUCGAUCGCUGGUUAUCUGAGAAUUCUACUUGUCCUAUUUGUCGCAGAGCAGUCUUAGCUUCUGGUAACAGAGAAAGUGUUGUGUAAUUAAGGUCUGAACUCUCAGCUGUGUAGCUGGUAUAGUGAUGGGCAAACAGGAAUCACUUGCUUUAUGCCCACCUUUUGAGUGGUGCUUAAAAGUAAAAGUAGCAAACCUGAAUUGAAUCAUUGCUUUCUGAAUGCAUCAUUGUCCUUUUUCCAAUUUCUGUUCCAGAAUAAAAGGAAAUAUUUAAAAAGCAACAUUUAAGGACAUAAAAGGUCUAAUUUCAGUACCAGUAAUUGCUAUUACUAAUGAUUCAUCAUCUAUGUUUAUCAGUUUCUCCUGUGUUAUCUUAAAAGAUCUGCCUUAGCAAUGGCUUUUUAUCCAUUUCUCGUUGAUCUUUAAUGUUUCCCACGCCAUAGGAGAGAGGGGCAAAGGAAAUUCCCAGUUUAGACUUAAGUUACAGUACAUGUUUCAUAAGUGAUUGCUUAAAGCUAUGCCAUUCCCAGUUCUUAGUGGCACAAAUUCAGCUACGUGCUGAAUGUCAUUUGUUCACCUUUCAGAUGAGGUGAUAUUGGAUGUCAGUGUAAAUAACACUAAGGUUAGGAUCUUCUAAGUAUAUAACUGUCUCCUAAGCCCAUCACUGUGGCACACUGUAGAGUGAACUUAUAGUUUAAUUGAGAUAUUUAUCUUGUGGAAAUAUUAAAAAAAAAGCCUAUGCUUGUGUAAGUGAAAAAACCACAUUCAUUUGUUUAAAAAUGUAAAGCUAUUUUGUAGAGGCUCAGUACUUUUCCAAUGCACUGUUGUAUUAAUGCAUUAAAAAUUGUAAAGUACCAUGCUUAGAAAUGAAAAAACUGCUUUUUGUGAGCCAUCAUAGUUAAAAAAAAACACACACCAAAGUACAAAGCUGCUUUGUAAGUGUGUAGAUGUCAAGAGCAGAACGUAUCUAUGGUAUUUACUGUAUGUGAACAGCUACUGUGACAUGCAGAGGAAAGGGCGGAGUGUAGAAUUGAGCUGCAUUGAAGAUACCAAUUGAAAUUUCCUACUUUAACUUGGAUUUAGGCAGGAAAUGAAAGGAGAAGUAAAGAAAACUGGUCUGAGGAAUUUAAAAGUUUUAUGAAGACAAUAACUGUACAGAUGUGAACUGGUUUCACAUGGAGAGAUCCUUGACACAGUAUUCUAACUGAGCUGAUGAAAUAGAUUUAAAUUUUUGGUAGAGUUUUGGUUUAAAGCAAACAAACCACUACCACCUAGCACAAGUUACAUUGAUGUGUCUAGAAGUCUGCUCCUCAAAAAAAGAAAAGGUGGAGGAAAGAGACUAUAAACCACGUUUAGCAUAAGAAUUAAAAUUGGUACAGAGGUAUGUACUAAUAGGAAAGUUUCCAAUUUGGAUUACUUUUGAGAUUUGUCGUUUAAGGAACCGAGCCACACUUGUUAAUAUUUUAUUACUAUCUAACACACACUUCAACAUCUCACAUUUAAAGACCAAUUGAAAAUUCAGGUAUUUUUGCCCUUUGUUGAAAGUUGAGUUAUUUGAAAUUCAAAGCUUUCAUUGUGCUGCCCUCAUUUAAAGAUGAGGCUGCCAACUCACAAUCAAUGGCACAUGCAUUUUUGUGUUGUUUCCUUAGUAAUAAGAUUAGGUUUGUGAAAAACCCCAUUACUCUUGCUGAGUUUCUCUUUUGAGGCCAGUUAGGGUUAGGAUUAGUCUGACUGAAGGGUUUGUUUGUUUAUCUGGAAAGAGAUAGUGGACCCAAAGAGGAAUUGAACACAUCCUUGGUCUUUAAAGUGACAACUACCCACACAUAGUCAGAUACUCUACAAAAUAAGUCUGCUUCGAGAAUUAUCUGGCUACUUUAACUUAUCAACUUAGCUGUAAAGGUUAUUUCAAAGCUCAUUCUUUUAUAUUUUCCUCUGGCUUUCAAUCCUACCUACGUAUCAAGGAAAUUAACUUGUAAAUAUGGUAUGUACUGCUCUUGCAAGGAAAUAAUGUCCAAACAAAGCUUCACUUAUUUUUUUUAAUAUAAGCAGAUUUCACUGUUUAUGGCGCUUAUGUAAUACAUUUUAUCUUUUUAAAAAAAUUGUCCAUGUAAAAGUUAGGAUUCCUUUAUACUUGUGAGCCUCCUUGUCUCCUUUCCUAAGGGUAUAAUCUACGGUUUUCAGAUCUGCAGGAUAGUCCUAACUGGCUAAAAGCAAACCCAUUUUCCUCUUGGUGUGAAAUGUCCCAUUAUAAGGGUGUUUCUUUUAAAAGAGUUUAAAAACAACUGCAGCACACUCUAAGCAUAAAAGAAAGUUAUUGACAACAGGUACCUCCCUUACCUCCCAAGAUGUAUUACUCAUUUGUGAAGUAUUAAAGUAAGAGGUAACUCAUGCAGAAUGCUGGUUGUGAAUGUAGAUAUUGAAGCUAUUCAUAAACACUGGAAAUAGGAUUUUAAGUUUUUAGCCUUCAGUAGAAUGCACAUAUUGGACAUGUGCAUGUGGACGCCUUUUUCAAUAGCACUCAUUUCCAUUGGAUUGUGUAGAAUGAAUACAAAUAUUUUAGUGAAAUUUGCUACUUUUUUUUUACAAGGUCCAUGACUAUACUUAUUAGUGUUGUGGACCUUGGAAGACAAGGUCAUUUGUAGAUGUCCAAUGUACAAUGGAGAACAAGAGUCUUUUUUCCCCACCAGCAUCCGAAACACCUAUUCUCUUGAGAGAGCAUUUUCUUGCUAAAGACUUUACAUUUCAUUUUGUAUCUUUGCACUUUUUAUUAUAUACAGGUUCUGUGUUGAAGACCUAGUUUGAACUUCAUGCAGUAAUAGGAACAAGAAAAAACAAUGUUGGGAAAUAACGUUGUUCAGAGCAUAGGGGAGAAUACUAAAAACUGAGUUUCCUUGUGUAUUUCAGAUAUUUUUAAAAAUUCACUUACUGGUCUGGUAUGAAGUGUUUGAGGUGUUAUGUUAACUCCAAGCAGCUGACAAGGUUGAGAUUUAUUAAUACUAAAAACAAAAUUGAGCAAGUUAGGUUUUGAAGUGUGCAGACUUUAUAGCAACAGUAGAAGAUGAGCCAUGUUGUUAAUUUGGAAUAUUUGCUCUAAAAAGAACACAUUAGUUAUACCUCAUUGGUGUUAAUGGUUAAUGGAGGUGGGGAUUGAGAGAAGUGUUCACAUUAGUGUUGGGAGUAUAAAAAUUAAUCAAUUGUACAGUUAACAAAAAAAGUUUAGUACCAGGAUUGUGUGUGUGUGUAUAUGUGUGUGUGUAUGCGCACACGCACAAUCUCUAUAAACAUGAUUGUUGAGCUUUUCCAGACUUAAAGAUUAGGAAACUGCUUAGCUUUAAGUGUUACCUCAAGUAAUUUUUUUUCUUUGGGAAAACAAGUCCUUUCUGUGCCAAGUGUUCUCUCUUAGUGUCAGUGUCUCAGAUUGUAUUUAUGAAGGGUUAUCACUUAAUAUGCUCUUUUUAUUUAACCACCUGCUUCCCAAGCGUCUAGGAUGUAAAAUGGGUCAGGCAUCAGUCAUGACUUUCAGUCAUUUCCCAAAAUACCCAUACAAUAGGGAGGUUAAUGUUGCAAAAUGCGUCUUAAACAGCCAUUUUUACAGCUCGCUAGAAUACAGUGGCACCUUGUGGUAGUUGUUGAUACUUUCCUUCUUAAAAUGGAGGAUAUUCUCCUCCACCCCUUUUUAUUCUCCUUUGUUCUUUUGUGAAGAAAAAAUAUUUGUAAUCUGCCUUGAAUUUUUAAGUUUUACUUUACUGGCUUCCCUAUCAAAUGUAUGGUCAAUAUUAAGUACAUAGAAGCCACAUUUGCAGGGCACUUUUUUCUUUUAUUGUCUUAUGAGACUGUGCUUAUUGCUACUUUCUAAAGUAUUCUGUACCUUAGUGAUGCAAGAGAUGGAUAAGGCACAUAUGAAAGUGUCAGGCGUCUUUUUCCCCUUAAGUAUAGUAUAAUUCUUCAUUAUGUUUCAUCAGUAACAGUUGUAAUUCAUUCAGUUAAUUAGUAAAUUUUACACUUUUGAAAAACAUUUGAAGAUGUUAAUCAACAAAAAUAACAUGCUUCAUUUGGAAAGUUAAAAGUGCAAGGUCCAAGGAACGAGUGUUUCACUUAUUUCUAAAUUGGAUUUUUAAUCAGCAACUAAGAAACAGGUCUGAGUUAAGUACUUGCCCUUUAAAGUUUUUGGCAUCUUGAAAUUGAGUUCUUAACUGGAACACUUCUAAAAUACUGGAAUAUUCCCAACAGGUGAGCAGUCUCACUUGCUUUAAUAACUCCAUUUUGUACUUAAAAUGACAGCAUAGGAUACAGCUGGUCCUCAAGUGUUGGCCCUCUCAAGGGAUAACAACAGUCUGGAUCAGUUUCAUGAUGAUUUCCAUGUCUUUAUAGGUGUUUUAAUUCAAAUUUGAAGCAAAUGAACACACUCUCCAACACUCUCAAAUACAAUUACAGUGAGCUAUUUGGUUUUGAUUAGGAUUUGUUUACUACUAAAGACCCAUAAGCUGCUUUAUAGUCACUUGGAUUGAACAAUACCUUAAAUACAUGCAAUGAAAGUUAACCCCACCAUACCACUGUGCCUAGUAAUUUCUGGGUUCCUCUCAGUUCUUCAUCUUGCAGAUUUAUUCCAAUACCAACAUAUGGUUGAACCAGGUGCCCAGCCUUAAACUAUUUAGUGGCCCUCUGCUAACAUUCUUUUAACUGAUUAAUUUGUAUGUGUUUGAACCGUCAGAUGUUUGGAUUUUACCUCUUAUUAGCUCCAUUUGUCGCUGGUGCUGCUUUUAAAGAUAUAGGGCCGUGUGAUCAGGUAUCAGGUUGAGUAGGUACGCAGUUGGCCUGGUUAUGUAUCUGUGCCUGUUUUAUCUUCUCCCAUGAAUAGCUGCUUUGGUAUAGAUGUUUACUUGGGUUCAUAUAUAAAGAACUAACUGGGCAGCAAUCUUAGAAAGUUUUCUGAAGCCAAAAGAACCUGAAGGGAUUUGGAGGGGGAAUAGUAACAAAAGCUGCCUUUAUGUCUUUGAACAUGAAGCACAUAAAUGUAUGUUCUGUAAAGAAUAAAGUGAUUGUUAUACCAGGGCUUCCUGACCUCUGGGAGAGACUUUCAAAAAAGCAGAAAGGAGCACAAAGUGAAGUGAAUUUGGUUGGCUUGCUUUAUUUGGUUUCUCGGUUUUUUUCAAUUUAAAUCUGAACGUAACACCUGUCUCCAAUAUCUAUCCAGAAGACUCCUGGUUGGGAAGCCCUGUAUCAAAUUUUUUUGAGAAUGUACCAAGUUUCCUUUUUUUUUUUUGUACAGUGCUUUACACCUGCUAAAAAUUAACUUGUUUAAUGCAAAACAAGACCUUGAAAGGUCAGUCCUAUUAAAGCUGGUUUGAUUAUUAAUAGUUAUCUUUUAGGAAGAAGCUUUUUCCCUAUGUAAGAUGUCAUACUGCAGAUUUAAAAUAUAGACUAUCAAUAAAAUGCAUGAAGUGAUCA